UUACUGAUGCAUCAUAUAACAAAGAUAAGCUAGUAAUUAUUGUAUUUUGUAAAAUUAAUAAGGUUUCUAUAAAUUUAGAUACAAUCCUUUCAUCCGAUAAUUGUACAGAGAUUUCAGCAGAUUGGAGAUG